CAACAUUUUUGAAUUAACGGUCGGUAGUCAUGGAUACAAAAAGUCAGAAACAAAAAACAUUGUGGCUCCAGAUUUUGAAAGUUAUUUUAAAAUCAUAUUUCUGUAAUUUACAAAAUUCAACAUAAUUAUUAAUAAUUGAUAACUGAUAUAACAAGAGCUUGUAUAUUGCAUCUAAUCUUAUUAUGGAUUGUAUCACGAGUACGGAGGAUUUGGGCGUAGAAAUGGUGAAAACAUCUCAGGAGAACAUUCUUUUGGGAAUUAUCAAGGAACUGUGUUGCGAAAACGGCAAGCUCUCAGAUAAUUUGAAAGGAAAAGUAAACAGAAUCAUAGCAGACUGUGAUCUUACACAUUACUCCAGUUUACACAAGUUGAGUACAGCUGACGAAAGUACUGGGAUGUUACUUGGAUUCAUGCACCAAACCUCUGCAGAGCUUACUUUUGAAGAACAGGCCGAAUUAAAUCAAGCAAUCAUCCAAAAAAUACAACACAAAAUACCCGCAUUGACCUCUGAAUUAGAGCGUCUAAAGCAGACCUCCACUUUGAAUAAGAAAUCUCAUAAAGACCAAAUUAAAGAAUUGCAGAACAACCUGGAUGAUAAGCUAGGUACUUUGCAGGACCAAGAGGCUGAGAAGGUGGAGCUGAUGAUGGAAUGGCUCACUCAUAGGCUUCAGGAGGUCAACAAGUUUAGUGACAAUUCUACUGAGUUGCUCACAUUAAAAACUAAGAUUUUGGACAUGAAAUCAAAAAUCCUGCAUCUCCAAAUCCUGCAGAAUGUCUUCACAGAGACCAACCAGUCCAUCAAGGCAUACAGUGAGAUCCACAAAGAUAUAAAAGACAGCAUUAAGGAAACUGAACAGAGAAUCAAAAGUUUCCAUGAUAUAAUUGCUAGUGAUAAGUAGUAUUUAAUAUAGCAAUGUAAUUAUUAUUUCCUGAUUGGGGAUGCCAGCGUCUCAUUUUGGGACCAUUUCAGCCCCAAUAGUAAUAUAAUAGGUACUAUAGUUAUUAUUUGAUAUAUACAUAAUGGAUCUAAGACCUGUCUCUCUCGCUUUAAUCCUCACGUCUUCCUAGUUACAUUUGGUGCUGUACCAGGGUUCGUGUAAAAAAAAUCAACUAUAAAAUUUUGAAGAUUUGGCUUUUACAACCGCUGCUUGCCUUACGUCAACCCUCUUUGCGGAUGCUAUUGUUUCCUGCCAGCUGUUAAGAUGUGUAUGUUGUUCAGUCGCCUCGUAUGACAUCCACGGGGGAAUAUGGAGCGGCCCUAUUCUAGGGUGGGACUACACGCCACAAUCUAGGACCUGUCUAUGGAGUGUAAUAUUUUGACAUUUUAGCAACUUAAUUAGGGACCAAAAUAGAUGUCACUUUGUCUAAUGUUUAGGUAGGUAGGGAGCUAGCUAGUUGAAGAAUUUUGGCAAUGAGGCUAUCAGAAAUAAGAUGUAAAAAGAGGUUCAUUUCUUCUACUAUUCUUAAAAAAAUAAAGGAGAAAAUCUUUUCUGGAAACUUUGCCCUCACAGAUAAUAUUUAUAUAUUAGUAAAAAUGGUGUAACAAUUUCUGAUAAAAAUGGGAUAAAAAAGGCCUAGGUAAUUUAUUUAUAUUUUUUAUUUACAUAUAUUCAUAUAACAUAUACAUUCUUACAUGUUUUGUACAGUAACCAGCAUAUCUGCUCAAAAUCAUAGCGAAUUCGCCCGUUAUUCUUUUGCAUAAUAACUAGACAUGUGGUUGACCCUUUUAGUUAUAAUAUACCUAUGUUUUACCGAAAAGUACGAUGAAUAACAAAAACUAAAGGAAACCAUUUUUCUAUGUGUUCCUUUUAUUCAGGUAGGUAGUUAUAUUAGCUAUUUUAAACUUAAAAUUAACUUAUGUUCGUUUUUGUGUGCCAAAUAAAAAAGGUGAUUGUUGUACUUUAGAGUAAAUUAUAAUCUUAAUACAAUUAGCGUCAUCUAGUGAUUCGAGAGCGCAAACUUUUUAUUUACCUUGCUAGUCUGUGGAUCUUGUUUUGACAGUUCCGUUCCCGGGUGUAAGUCCUGUUUUUUUUUAUCUUGAAAAUUGUUAUCAGUUAAGUACUGUAGUUAAAAAUAAAGAAAACUAGUUUCUCAGAAGUAUAAUUUCUUUUAUUUCAACAGUGAUUUAAUUUGUAUUUAAGUUUGUUUGAUUUUCUAAUGUCAUGUCAUUAAUUAUUAUUGUUGCUUGCUUUUAUAAAUGUGGUUUCCUCCUUUUUAUAAAAUGGUAUAUAUUAGUUGAUGGGAUGUUAUAUUUUCAGGAUUAUUAGAAAUGUUUUUGUUUGUGAUCCAACAAGAAAAUUAUUUAUUUAUGAAA